UGAAAGUAGAAAUAACAGAUUGAUAUCAUGAUGUCAAUCAUGGUAAUGUCUUGUGACUAACAACCGAUUCGUUUGCACUCAGUGUUAUGGACGCUGAUGGUCUUCCUUUAGUUGGGUCUGGAGUGGACUACACUAAGGUGGAAGCUAUUCAGCAAAAGAGAACAAUCGCUUUUAUCAAUCAUUAUAUCACCCACACAGCAAGCUUUCUAAACAGAUUUUCUUGUGUUUGUGAGGAAAAACUUGAGCAUCUUUCAAACAGAAUUCAGAAUUUGGAAAUUACUCUAAGUUUAUUGGAAACAAAGUUGUCCUCCAUCCCUGGUUUAGACAGUGUGACAGCUCCAGCCAGUAGUACAACAGCAGCCCCGGCAGCCACCUCAGAUGCCACAUCUUCCGCCACAUCAGGUGCACCACCAGCACCACCUGCCCCUGGAGCACCACCUCCCCCGCCCACUCAGGAUGAGGCCCCUCCAGCCCCACCCCCAGAGGAAGAGAAACCUGCCAACCCUGUAUCCAAGGAUCCUCGAUUCGCUAGAUUCUUCAAAAUGUUACAAGUGGGAGUUCCGGAGCCUGCAGUUAAAAACAAAAUGAGAGCAGAGGGACUAGACCCAUCAUUUCUGGAUAAUCCUGAUGCCCCAGCGCCACCGGAGAGCAGCAAGAAAUCUGACAGUGACAGUGAUGAUUUCGGUGACAGUGAUAAUGACAGCAUGAGUGACUGAAGAUGGUAAUUACCCAAUGACAAUUAUCAUCUGAUUGGCUAGUGUUAUUUUAAUGGUACCAGGAUGGGGAGGACAUCGAGUGUUUCCUCUUGCCAACAACUGGAUAAUUAGUUAUUUGUUUAUUUACUCUGUCAGUGAGUGAUAAACAUGCACUGUAUUCUAAUGUCAGAUUCUUGAUUUUAGAACUGAAAUUAAAUUAUAUUGAGUGUUUUAUGAUUUACCAUAUGUCGAAUUGUUGGUUGAAUGGAUUAAAGGAACUUGUAUAUGAAAACAAGAUUUUUUUUCACAUGUAUUGAUUCAGAAUCUAAAUGUAUCAUAUACACAUCUACAAUGUAUUAUAAAAUGUAUUAAAGCAAUUUCAGAACCAU